AUGACCUCUCCUUCGGUCAGUCUUUCUCAGAUGGCCUCUCUCCUCGUCACUCAACCGUCGGCCAGCUCCAAUCCUGGCAGCGCGGCUCCACCAGCGAUCGGUCAUCUUCUUGCUCGCCUCGUUCAGGCCGCUCGACUGCCUCAGCCGGACUCGGUGGUCACCGCCUCGAACCAGUCGUCGUCCGGCGCCUCGACAAGCAUGGCACCGCGUGGACCGGAAGUCGCCUGCAUUUCGUCGAAACCCGCUUCAUUGCCAAACGAUCAUCUGGCGCCGGUCCCCUCCGUCGUGGGCUCCCCGACGCCGUCGACGCAGACAAAAGUGGCCGAGACCUACGCACAGGCCUGGACCGGUCGGUUGUUGCGUCAGUUUAGGGGUCUCUUCCGCCCAAUGUUGGCGCCAUGGCGUGUCGAAGAUGGGCUUUCCUCCUGCCCACUCGACGAUCCCAGACGGGAGAGGCGACUUGGCAAUCUCACAGCCCGAACAGAUGCCUUGGGAGAAAGUCAGUACGCAGAAGAUGGCCAAGAGGAGACAGCGCACGUUGGAGACGUGUAUCGAUGCCUCGCGGACAAAGAGGCGACUUCACAGCACUUAUUUCGGCAGCUUCUGAUUCGACUUGAUCAUGAAGAUGCUGAACUCAUGCGCCGACUGGCUGAUUCAGCGGCUGACCGACCCGAAGAUGGAGCGUGUAGAUUGCGCCUUCUCGAUGAGGAAUCCAUCGUUGUCAAGUGCUGCAAGACCGGGGGACUAUCGGAUGAGCUCGGUGGGUGCAACCAGUUUGUAUGA